AUGAAUCCACCAGUACUCGCCGCCCCGAUACACGGCAAACCCUUGAUAUUAUACACAGCAGCUCUCGACGGGUCACUGGGAGCACUUUUGGCGCAGAAUAAUGAAGAAGGAAAAGAACAAGCUCUAUACUACCUCAGCAGGAUGUUGGUGGGGGCAGAAAAUUCAUAUUCACCAAUAGAAAAGCAUUGCUUAGCUCUUAUAUUUGCUGUCAAGAAGCUGAGGCAUUAUAUGCUCGAGCACAAAAUUUAUUUAGUGUCAAGAGUUGACCCGCUCAAAUUUUUAAUGACAAGACCCGUCUUAAUUGACAGGCUAGCGAAAUGGACAUUUAUCCUUCUAGAAUUUGACAUCACCUGCAAGCCACAAAAGGCAGUUAAGGGGCAAGUACUCGCUGAUUUUUUAGCAGCACACCCAGUACCUGACGGUUCACCUUUAGUGUACGAACUACCAGAUGAAGAUGUGUUACUUAUUGAGGAUGAACAACCAUACUGGGACAUGUAUUUCGAUGGAGCAUCUUCUAUCCAACCUGCAUAUAGCCCGACUGAAUAUGAAGCCUUAAUUGCGGGAUUAGAAAUAGCCAUCUUCAUGAAUAUACAACGGCUACACAUCUAUGGGGACUCUCAACUAAUCAUUAAUCAAGUGAUGGGGGAAUAUAAAGUCCACAAGCCGGAAUUGACCAAAUAUCAAAAGAGGGCGCAAGAACUCAUGAACGAAAUACCAAAUGUCACACUGGAAAGGGUCUCCCGAGCUGUAAACGGGAAAGCUGAUGCCCUAGCUAGAUUGGCUAAAGAGUUAGCUGAUCCCGAUCUUGACAAAGUCCAUGUGACUAUCAAGAAUAGAAAGAUCUUGUCACCUACGGACUUGAAUCUUGAAGAAGAAUCAAAAGAAAUUCAGAAAGCGAAUACACUAAAAAUCGAAGUGGAAAAUGAUUGGAGGGAGCCGUUCAUUAAUUAUUUCAAACACAACGAACUUCUAGAAGAAAAGCCAAAACAAAAGGGCGCUGCGGUACGCUUUCGUGAUUGA